GGAGGAGGCGGCAGCGGCCGGCGAAGAGCCCGCGCUGGGUCCUGCGGGAGGACUCCCCGGAGCCACCAUCAUGGUGAAGAGAAAAAGCUCCGAGGGCCAGGAGCAGGACGGCGGCCGCGGCGUCCCCCUGCCCAUCCAGACCUUCCUGUGGCGCCAGACCAGUGCUUUUUUGAGGCCUAAAUUGGGGAAGCAAUAUGAAGCUUCUUGUGUGUCCUUUGAACGAGUGCUUGUAGAAAACAAAUUGCACGGCCUUUCUCCUGCCCUAUCCGAAGCCAUCCAGAGCAUUUCCAGAUGGGAACUGGUGCAAGCAGCUCUGCCGCAUGUUCUCCACUGCACGGCAACCCUCCUGUCGAACAGGAACAAGCUAGGCCAUCAGGAUAAACUGGGUGUUGCUGAGACAAAACUCCUGCACACCUUGCAUUGGAUGCUCCUGGAGGCCCCCCAAGACUGCAACAGUGAGCGGUUUGGGGGCACAGACCGAGGGUCCAGCUGGGGUGGCAGUAGCAGUGCAUUCAUCCACCAGAUUGAAAACCAGGGUUCCCCGGGGCAGCCCUGCCAAAGUGGCUCUAAUGAUGAAGAAGAGAACAGCAGAAGGAAAAUCUUCCAGAACUCCAUGGCCACCGUAGAGCUCUUUGUGUUUCUGUUCGCUCCUCUGGUACACAGGAUCAAGGAGUCUGACCUCACCUUCCGAUUGGCCAGUGGUCUUGUCAUAUGGCAGCCGAUGUGGGAGCACAGACAGCCUGAAGUCUCCGGCUUCACAGCUCUGGUAAAGCCCAUCAGGAACAUCAUUACAGCUAAGAGAAGUUCUCCUAUCAAUAGUCAAGGUCAAACCUGUGAAUCGCCAAAUCAAGACACAGGACAUGGAGAGGGACUUCAGGUGGUCUGUGAAACCUUCCAGUCUGAUUCCAUCUCACCCAAGGCCACAAGUUCAGGCUGCCACCGAGUAAACUCCUUUGAUGGAAGCCUGUCCUCCCAGACUUCCCAGGAGAGAGGCCCGUCCCAUUCCAGGGCCUCUCUUGUGAUACCUCCAUGCCAAAGGUCACGUUAUGCCACCUACUUUGACGUUGCUGUUCUCCGCUGCCUGCUCCAGCCCCACUGGUCUGAGGAAGGCACUCAGUGGUCCCUGAUGUACUAUCUUCAAAGGCUGCGACACAUGUUGGAAGAGAAGCCAGAGAAGACCACAGAGCCUGAUAUCCCCCUGCUGCCCAGACCCCGGAGCAGUUCCAUGGUGGCUGCAGCACCCUCAUUAGUGAACACCCAUAAAACCCAAGAUCUUACACUGAAGUGUAACGAAGAGGAAAAGUCUCUUAGCUCUGAGGCUUUCUCCAAGGUUUCAUUGACCAAUCUGCGUAGGUCUGCUGUCCCAGACCUUUCUUCAGACCUGGGCAUGAACAUUUUUAAAAAGUUCAAGAGCCGAAAAGAAGACCGAGAAAGGAAAGGCUCCAUUCCAUUCCACCACACGGGGAAAAGGAGACCUCGGAGAAUGGGUGUCCCAUUCCUGCUUCAUGAAGACCAUCUGGAUGUGUCUCCCACCCGCAGCACAUUUUCCUUUGGCAGUUUCUCUGGGCUUGGAGAGGAAAGGCGUGGCAUUGAGAAAGGAGGCUGGCAAACUACUAUUUUAGGGAAGCUGACGCGGCGGGGCAGCUCUGACGCAGCCACUGAGAUGGAAAGCCUGAGCGCCAGGCCCUCCCACUCGCAUCACACGCUGGUGAGCGACCUUCCGGACCACUCCAACAGCCAUGGCGAGAACACUGUCAAGGAAGUGCGAUCUCAGAUCUCCACGAUCACAGUUGCCACCUUCAACACCACGCUGGCAUCCUUCAACGUGGGCUACGCAGACUUUUUCAGCGAGCACAUGCGGAAGCUUUGCAACCCCGUACCCAUCCCAGAGAUGCCUCGUGAGCCCCUGGCGUGCGCCAACCUGCCUCGGAGCCUCACGGACUCGUGCAUCAACUAUAGCUGCCUGGAGGAUGCAGAGCACAUCGAUGGCACCAACAACUUCGUCCACAAGAACGGCAUGCUGGAUCUCUCUGUGGUUCUGAAAGCUGUUUAUCUUGUUCUUAACCAUGACAUCAGCUCUCGCAUCUGUGACGUGGCCCUAAAUAUCGUGGAAUGCUUGCUUCAACUUGGGGUCGUGCCCUGUGUUGAAAAGAACAGAAAGAAAAGUGGCAACAAGGAAAAUGAGGCUGUGGAAAAGAGACCAAGUGAAGGAACUUUUCAGUUCAAAGGGGUAUCUGGAAGUUCCACCUGUGGAUUUGGAGGCCCUUCAGUUAGUGGAGCUGGAAAUGGAGGAGAAGAAGGAGGAAGUGGAGAUGGUGGACGUGGAGGAGGUGAUGGAGGAGGAGGUGGAGGUGGUGGAGGUGGUCCUUUUGAGAAGAAUGAUAAGAACCAAGAAAAGGAUGAAAAUACUCCUGUAAGCAACCAUAGGCUGGCCCUCACCAUGCUCAUCAAAAUCGUGAAAUCUUUGGGAUGUGCCUAUGGUUGCGGAGAAGGACAUCGAGGGCUCUCUGGAGAUCGUCUGAGACACCAGGUAUUCCGAGAGAAUGCCCAGAACUGCCUCACUAAACUAUACAAGCUAGAUAAGAUGCAAUUCCGACAAACCAUGAGGGACUAUGUGAACAAGGAUUCUCUCAAUAAUGUAGUGGACUUCUUGCAUGCUUUGCUAGGAUUUUGUAUGGAGCCAGUCACCGACAACAAGGCCGGGUUUGGAAACAACUUCACCACGGUGGACAACAAAUCCACAGCCCAGAACGUGGAAGGCAUUAUCGUCAGCGCUAUGUUCAAGUCCCUCAUCACACGCUGCGCUUCCACCACCCAUGAACUGCACAGUGCCGAGAACCUGGGGCUGUAUUGUGAUAUCCGUCAGCUGGUCCAGUUUAUCAAAGAAGCUCAUGGAAACGUCUUCAGGAGAGUGGCUCUUAGUGCUUUGCUGGAUAGUGCUGAGAAGUUAGCACCAGGGAAGAAGGUGGAGGACAAUGAGCAGGAGCCUAAGCCUGCAGGCAGUAAAAGGUCAGAGGCUGGAAGCAUUGUGGAUAAAGGCCAGGUGUCUGCAGCACCAGAGGAAUGUCGCAGCUUCCUGUCUGGCCGCCCCUCUCAGACUCCGGAGCAUGAUGAACAAAUGCAAGGGGCCAACCUGGGGCGAAAAGAUUUCUGGCGCAAGAUGUUCAAAUCGCAGAGUGCAGCCAGCGACACCAGCAGCCAAUCAGAGCAGGACACUUCCGAAUGCACCACGGCCCAUUCAGGGAACACCUCGGACAGGCGCACCCGCUCACGGUCCCGCAGAAUUUCCCUCCGGAAGAAGCUCAAACUCCCCAUAGGAAACUGGCUGAAACGCUCGUCCCUCUCUGGCCUGGCGGAUGGUGUGGAGGACCUUCUGGACAUCAGCUCCGUGGACCGCCUGUCCUUCAUCAGGCAGAGUUCCAAGGUCAAGUUUACCAGUGCUGUGAAGCUCUCUGAAGGGGGGCCCGGGAGUGGAAUGGAAAAUGGAAGGGAAGAGGAGGAGAAUUUCUUCAAGCGUCUUGGUUGUCACAGUUUUGAUGACCAUCUUUCUCCCAACCAAGAUGGCGGAAAAAGCAAAAAUGUGGUGAAUCUUGGUGCUAUCCGACAAGGCAUGAAACGCUUUCAGUUUCUAUUAAACUGCUGUGAGCCUGGAACUAUACCUGAUGCCUCCAUCCUAGCAGCCGCCUUGGACCUGGAAGCCCCGGUGGUGGCCAGAGCAGCCUUGUUCCUGGAGUGCGCCCGCUUUGUCCACCGCUGCAACCGUGGCAACUGGCCCGAGUGGAUGAAAGGCCACCAUGUGAGCAUCACCAAGAAGGGCCUGUCCCGGGGACGGUCCCCCACCGUGGGCAACAAGCGCAACCAGAAGCUGCAGUGGAAUGCUGCCAAGCUCUUCUACCAGUGGGGAGACGCAAUCGGCGUGCGGUUGAACGAGCUGUGUCAUGGGGAGAGUGAGAGCCCAGCCAACCUGCUGGGCCUCAUUUAUGAUGAGGAGACCAAGAAGAGACUGAGAAAGGAGGAUGAGGAGGAAGACUUUUUAGAUGACAGUACUGUGAACCCCUCUAAAUGUGGCUGCCCCUUUGCCUUAAAGAUGGCAGCAUGCCAACUUCUCCUGGAGAUUACCACCUUCCUAAGAGAGACCUUUUCCUGCUUGCCCCGACCUCGCACAGAGCCUCUUGUGGACUUGGAGAGCUGCAGACUUCGUCUGGAUCCUGAGCUGGACCGGCACAGAUAUGAAAGGAAGAUCAGCUUUGCCGGAGUCCUAGAUGAAAAUGAAGACUCCAAAGAUUCUCUCCAUAGCAGCAGCCACACCCUCAAAUCGGAUGCAGGUGUGGAAGAGAAGAAAGUUCCCAGCAGGAAGAUCAGGAUAGGAGGUACCCGCCUGCUCCAGAUUAAAGGAACCCGCAGUUUCCAGGUGAAGAAGGGGGGUUCCUUGUCCAGCAUUCGCCGGGUCGGCAGCUUAAAGAGCAGCAAGUUAUCACGGCAGGACUCAGAGUCUGAGGCUGAGGAGCUGCAGCUGUCCCAGAGCAGGGACACUGUCACUGAUCUAGAAGGGAGCCCUUGGAGUGCAAGCGAACCUAGCAUUGAGCCUGAAGGAAUGAGCAAUGCCGGCACAGAGGAGAACUACCACAGGAACAUGUCCUGGCUUCAUGUCAUGAUCUUGCUGUGCAAUCAGCAAAGUUUCAUCUGCACGCACGUGGACUACUGUCAUCCACACUGCUGCCUGCACCAUAGCCGCUCCUGCGCCCGGCUGGUCAGGGCCAUUAAGCUGCUGUACGGAGACAGCGUGGACUCACUACGAGAGAGCAACAACUUGAGCAAUGUGGCUCUGCGGGGCAAGAAACAGAAAGAGUGCUCAGAUAAGUCAUGCCUGAGGACACCUUCUCUAAAGAAGAGAGUUUCAGAUGCCAACCUGGAAGGGAAAAAAGAUUCUGGGAUGCUGAAGUAUAUCAGGCUUCAGGUGAUGAGCUUGUCACCUGCUCCCUUGUCUCUGUUAAUCAAGGCAGCACCAAUUCUGACAGAGGAGAUGUACGGAGACAUCCAGCCGGCUGCCUGGGAGCUGCUGCUCAGCAUGGAUGAGCACAUGGCAGGGGCAGCAGCUGCCAUGUUCCUGCUGUGUGCGGUGAAGGUCCCCGAGGCUGUGUCAGACAUGCUGAUGUCGGAGUUCCACCAUCCAGAGACCGUGCAGAGACUGAACGCCGUCCUCAAGUUCCACACGCUUUGGAGGUUCCGCUAUCAGGUCUGGCCCCGGAUGGAGGAGGGAGCACAGCAGAUUUUUAAGAUCCCGCCCCCCAGCAUCAACUUCACUCUGCCGUCGCCAGUGCUUGGAAUGCCCUCUGUCCCCAUGUUCGACCCUCCAUGGGUUCCGCAGUGCAGCGGGAGCGUCCAGGACCCCAUUAACGAAGACCAGUCUAAAUCCUUCUCAGCCCGGGCUGUGUCCCGCUCCCAUCAGAGGGCAGAACACAUCUUGAAGAACUUGCAGCAGGAGGAAGAAAAGAAGCGUCUUGGCCGGGAAGCCAGCCUCAUCACUGCCAUCCCCAUCACCCAGGAGGCUUGCUACGAGCCCACCUGCACGCCCAACUCGGAGCCGGAAGAAGAAGAAGAAGUCACCAAUCUGGCGUCCCGCCGGCUGUCUGUGAGUCCAUCCUGCACCUCCAGCACUUCUCACCGGAACUACUCCUUCCGCCGGGGCUCGGUUUGGUCUGUGCGCUCUGCGGUCAGCGCUGAAGAUGAGGAGCACACCACUGAACACACGCCAAAUCAUCACAUGCCUCAGCCCCCACAGGCAGUGUUCCCAGCAUGCAUCUGUGCAGCGGUGCUUCCCAUCGUUCAUUUGAUGGAGGAUGGGGAAGUGCGGGAAGAUGGAGUAGCAGUGAGUGCUGUGGCGCAACAAGUCCUGUGGAAUUGUCUAAUUGAAGAUCCAUCAACAGUUCUUCGACAUUUUCUAGAAAAACUGACCAUCAGCAAUAGACAAGAUGAGUUGAUGUACAUGCUGCGCAAACUCCUCUUGAACAUUGGAGAUUUUCCUGCUCAGACAUCUCACAUCCUGUUCAACUACUUGGUGGGACUGAUCAUGUACUUCGUGCGGACCCCCUGCGAAUGGGGCAUGGACGCCAUCUCGGCCACGCUGACCUUCUUGUGGGAGGUGGUGGGGUACGUGGAGGGCCUCUUCUUCAAGGACCUCAAGCAGACGAUGAAGAAGGAGCAGUGUGAGGUGAAGCUCCUAGUGACCGCUUCCAUGCCGGGUACCAAAACCUUAGUAGUUCAUGGACAGAAUGAGUGUGAUAUCCCAACCCAGCUACCAGUCCACGAAGAUACUCAGUUUGAAGCUCUGUUGAAGGAGUGUCUGGAGUUUUUCAACAUUCCAGAAUCCCAGUCAACACAUUAUUUCCUCAUGGAUAAACGAUGGAACCUUAUCCACUACAAUAAGACCUACGUUCGAGAUAUUUAUCCCUUCCGGAGGUCAGUAUCACCGCAGCUGAACCUCGUCCAUAUGCAUCCAGAGAAGGGACAGGAGCUCAUUCAGAAACAGGUGUACUCAGACUACGAAAGCAACCCUCAGCUGCGCCGAGCCAUUGAAUUUGCCUGCCACCAGUUCUACACCCUGCACCGAAAGCCUUUUGUGCUCCAGCUGUUUGCUAGUGUGGCUCCUCUCCUGGAGUUUCCGGAUGCUGCCAAUAAUAGCUCCAGCAAGGGUGUGUCAGCUCAGUGCCUGUUUGAUUUGCUGCAGUCCCUCGAAGGAGAGACCACUGACAUAUUAGAUAUCCUAGAGCUGGUCAAAGCUGAGAAGCCUCUUAAGUCAUUAGAUUUCUGCUAUGGAAAUGAGGACUUAACAUUCUCAAUCAGCGAAGCCAUUAAGCUGUGUGUCACAGUGGUGGCAUAUGCUCCCGAAUCCUUCAGAAGUCUUCAGAUGCUGAUGGUCUUGGAAGCUUUAGUUCCAUGUUACCUGCAAAAGCUGAAGAGGCUGACGUCCCAGGUAGAGACCGUACCUGCUGCCCGGGAGGAGAUCGCUGCCAUGGCUGCUCUGGCCACAUCCCUGCAGGCCCUUUUGUAUAGCGUGGAGGUGCUCACCAGGCCCAUGACAGCCCCGCAAAUGAGCAGGUGUGAUCAAGGGCAUAAGGGGACCACCACAGCCAAUCACACCAUGUCGUCUGGGGUGAACACCAGGUACCAGGAACCAGGAGCCAAACUGCACUUCAUCAGGGAAAACCUUCACUUAUUGGAGGAAGGGCAAGGACUGCCCAGAGAGGAGCUGGAUGAACGUAUUGCUCGGGAAGAAUUUAGAAGACCAAGGGAAUCCCUCUUGAAUAUUUGCACAGAAUUCUAUAAGCACUGUGGGCCAAGGCUGAAGAUCUUGCAAAACCUGGCUGGGGAGCCGCGGGUCACUGCCCUGGAGCUGCUAGAUGUGAAAUCCCACAUGAGGUUGGCAGAGAUUGCACACUCCCUUCUGAAGCUGGCCCCAUAUGACACCCAAACAAUGGAGAGCCGCGGGCUUCGGCGCUACAUCAUGGAGAUGCUGCCCAUCACUGACUGGGCAGCCGAGGCAGUGAGGCCGGCCCUUAUCCUCAUUCUAAAGAGACUGGAUAGAAUGUUCAACAAAAUUCAUAAGAUGCCUACCUUGAGGCGACAGGUUGAGUGGGAGCCUGCCAGCAAUUUGAUUGAAGGGGUUUGUUUGACACUUCAGAGGCAGCCAAUCAUAUCCUUCCUGCCUCACCUUAGGUCACUGAUCAAUGUCUGUGUCAAUCUGGUGAUGGGAGUGGUAGGACCUUCCAGUGUUGCUGAUGGAUUACCCCUUCUUCAUCUCAGCCCUUAUCUCUCACCACCUCUGCCCUUCAGCACAGCUGUUGUCCGGCUUGUAGCAUUGCAGAUACAGGCUUUAAAAGAAGAUUUUCCUUUAAGCCAUGUGAUCUCCCCAUUCACCAAUCAAGAGCGAAGGGAGGGAAUGCUUUUAAAUCUACUCAUCCCAUUUGUGCUCACAGUAGGAUCUGGAAGCAAAGAUAGCCCGUGGCUGGAGCAGCCCGAGGUGCAGCUGCUGCUGCAGACGGUCAUUAAUGUGCUCCUGCCACCACGGAUCAUCAGCACGUCCAGGAGCAAGAACUUCAUGCUGGAGAGCUCCCCCGCCCACUGCUCCACCCCUGGGGAUGCAGGGAAAGACUUGCGCAGGGAAGGGCUGGCUGAGUCCACUAGCCAAGCUGCAUACUUGGCUCUGAAGGUGAUUCUGGUCUGCUUUGAGAGGCAGCUGGGCAGCCAGUGGUACUGGCUGAGCCUGCAGGUGAAGGAGAUGGCUCUCCGGAAGGUGGGCGGCCUGGCCCUGUGGGACUUCCUGGACUUCAUUGUGCGGACCCGGAUUCCCAUCUUUGUGCUCCUGCGUCCUUUCAUCCAGUGCAAGCUUUUGGCACAACCAGCAGAAAACCAUGAAGAACUUUCUGCCCGGCAACACAUUGCUGACCAGCUAGAGCGGCGCUUCAUACCCCGCCCCUUGUGUAAGAGCUCGCUCAUCGCUGAGUUUAACAGUGAACUAAAAAUUCUAAAAGAAGCUGUCCACAGUGGAUCAGCCUACCAAGGGAAGACGUCCAUCAGUACUGUGGGUACCUCCACAUCUGCGUACCGCCUGAGCCUGGCCACCAUGUCCCGCUCUAACACGGGCACAGGCACUGUCUGGGAGCAGGACAGUGAGCCGUCCCAGCAGGCUUCACAGGACACUCUGAGUCGGACUGACGAAGAAGACGAGGAAAAUGACUCUGUGAGCAUGCCCAGUGUGGUAAGUGAACAGGAAGCUUACCUGCUGAGCGCCAUGGGAAGGAGGCGGUUCUCCAGCCACGUCUCCAGCAUGUCUGCACCUCAGGCUGAAGUGGGCAUGCUACCCAGCCAGAGUGAACCUAAUGUCCUCGAUGACUCCCAGGGCCUGGCCGCCGAGGGCAGCCUCUCUAGGGUAGCAAGUGUGCAGAGUGAACCUGGCCAGCAGAAUCUCCUCACUCAGCAGCCACUGGGGAGGAAGAGGGGCCUGAGGCAGCUAAGACGCCCUCUGUUAUCACGCCAAAAGACUCAGACUGAGCCAAGAAACCGCCAUGGGGCUCGGCUGUCAACUACCCGCAGGAGCAUCCAACCUAAAACAAAGCCAUCCGUGGAUCAGAAACGAUCUGUGACCUUCAUUGAGGCUCAGUCAGAGCCAACAGCUGCCCCAACAGACACGCUUCCGGCCACGGGCCAACCACAGGGCUGCAGCCCAGCUCUGACUAGGCAGCCAGAAGCAAUGGACAAGCCGGUCCUCACAUCUUCCCCUGCCAUAGUGGUUGCGGAUCUGCACAGCCUGUCUCCUAAGCAGAGAGAGCCCUUCUCUGCUGAAGGAGAAAAGAAGGAGGAAACAGAAGCACAAGUUGCUGCCGCACACAGUCCCCUCCCUACUCAGCUCUCAGACCCUGAUGACUUCACAGGCCUUGAGACGUCCAGCCUCCUACAGCAUGGAGACACUGUCCUUCACAUCAGUGAGGAAAAUGGCACGGAGAACCCCCUGCUGUCCUGCCAGUUCCCUUGCACUCCCUCUGAGCUGGGGGAGGUGGAUGUGACUCUCGAUGAGUCUCAUGUUUAGAUGUGCCUCUUGUGAGCACUACAGGAGGAGAAAGACGUGGGAAGGAUCGCCGCUGAAAGCUUCAUACUUCUGCUUGAAAAAAUGACUUACAAAAUAGCAUUUUACAUGCAACGGAAGGCACAAUCUGAAGAGAUUUUGUUGCCAGUACAUCUGAUGUUUCACAAACGUCUUAACAAUCAAUGGCUAGAAGGAUUUAGUUGGUGAAGGAUUUAGUUGGUCCAUAAAAACCAGGGAGAAGUAAAGGGAAAGAGCCAUUGCAUUGCACAUUAUGAUUUAAUAAGCCUUGCGCAGUUAAAAUAUAUACUACUAAAGUGCUGCUUUCAUGGAAAUAUUGACAAGUAAUAUAUUCUAAAAAGAAUGCAAUUUUUGAGGCUGCUCACAUACAUCUCAUGCAAAUGUUUAUUUUUAUAGUUUCAAAAAUUUUAAAUUAGGUGUCUAUAUAAGUAGCAAUUUACAUAAAAACAAUAAAGAAAAUAUUAGUUUGGUAAGACUAAAUAACAAGCCUUCAGCCAUUUGUGUUUGGGUCAAUAAUACAACCAUUUAGGAGGACAAAAAAUAUGCUAUUUUGAGCUAUGGACUUUUCAGAAUUUAUUUUUCAAUUGUUUGGACUGCAUGUUGUAAAUCAAAAUGCUAAUGCCAUAAAAUCACUUCAUUUCAUAAUCAACCACUAGACAGAAAAUAUGCUAGAAAUGCCCAGACAUAAGUCCAAAG